UUCCCAAGACACCUGCAUUUGCUUCAUUGGUACUACACAAUGUCAGAGAUAAAUCUUACAUACUACAUCUCCAUGCACCACUCUAUCGCCAUUAUAUGCCACGAGAACUCACAAUUUCCAUUGUGUAAAUCCUCGUCGCGAUUUCCGUCCACGAUGUCCGUCUAUCUCUUUCCGGCUCACGAGUAUAUACCCCGGCAUCCACCAUGUAUAUCCCCACCAUACUCAAGAACUACGUCGCUAGUAACAUUCCCGACACUCUUCCACCAUGCGCUCCACUACUCGUAAGUACAGCGCGCCAGAUGACUAUAACGGCCCUGAAGACGCCAACUUCGACGCCGCUAUUGACGAAGCAAUCCGAGAUUGUGUCGCGGCCAGCAGUGGGGCCUUGGUUUACGACUCAGAACUCGAAUCUGGCUUUGACCCUGAAUCAGAGCGGAGCGCGUCUGACGUCGAUAGUGGCAAGGGCGCUAACGAGGAAAGCUGCGAGGAGCAGGCUGAGGCUGCUGUAGAAGAGCCCGCCGCAGACCUGGAUGUCGGCGACUUCGAAGUUGCAGAGGAGCCGGUGGUUGAGCGCGAGCCCUCACUAGUUCUAGAAGGCUGGGACAUACGUGCUGAGCGUUCGCCCUCCGAAGCUUCACUAGCUGCGCGAUUCCGGCCAGUCUGGUAGUGCGCUGUUCGCAGAGAGUGAAGUGCGCAUGAGGGCUCAUCUCGCCACGCACGGUGUCGAAGUGGAUCUCGCCGCGAUACUGGGCGUAGUGGCAGGUGCGAAUAAGCCAGCUGCACCGGAGCAAGUCCCUGCCCAGAUGGAUAUGGAGUCCCAGGACUUCUUGCAGCAAGUGGAGGCACAGUUCGAAGCAGAGCCACUCCAAGACCAAGACUUGAACGCGCUGUUCGAUUUCGACGCUUUCGAGAAUGCGCAAAACGUGAGUGAAGCUGGACUACUUGGUCCGCUGUCGGUCGCUGCCGGGUACCUAGAUGAAGAGGAUGACGAUGAUGACGAAUAGGUCUUUUGUCCCUCGUGCCCGAUCACGAAGC